AUGCGUUUCUCCACCACCAUCCUCGCGGCCUACCUGGGACUCAUCGUCCCGGGCAAUGCCUUCUCGGAAAGGCGACUCGACAGGAGCAUUUUCGAAAAUCGUACAGCAGCUUCUUGUUCAGGGGACCAGCCUCCCUCUGUUCCUCCACACAAAAACUUUUGGGGUAGCUUGACGGCAGCAGAAACUAGAGAUGUACUGGCUCUUCUGCACAGUGACGCCGUUGGAUUCAAUUUGACGAACGCAAAAAAUGCUACAAGCCGGGACAACAAAAUCAUGUCGGUUGAGCUUAUGAUGCCCAAUAAGACAGAAGUCCUUCCCCUGCUAUCCAGCAGCAACGGGACCCCGACUAGGUACGCCUUGGCUGCGGUAAUGUUCGGAGCUCCAGAACAGGCCUAUGUUCAGGAGUUCAAAGUCGGCCCUCUGCCAAUCACCAAUGCCUCGGCUGUGCUACCCUUCACUUUCGCCAACACGAGGAAGAACCCAAAGAUCACAGUCGUAAACCCAGACGCGGAAGAUUAUGGUAUUUUCAACCUAAAGAACAUGAAGGAUGCCGAGGAUGUGACAAAGAAGCUUUGGAACCUGACGGUUGAUGACGGCCUCCAAGUACCCCUCGCUUUCGCUGCUCCAAUCACGGUGUCUGAAAACAAGGUCAUCAUGUGGCAAGGCUUCAAUGCCCCAGUCACAAGCAUCUACGACCCCAUCUCCCUUCUGCCGCUAGGCCUCUAUAUGAGAACGGAUAUCACCGGACGUGAUCCCAGCAAGUGGAAGGUGACUGGCUGGGUUUACAACAAUGUGUUCUACCCAACUCUGGAUGACUUCCGCAAGGUCAUUAACCAGCCGAACUUUAAGUCUUUGGGAAUGAAUGUAGACGAGCCUUGGGCUCAUACGAAAACACACGGAGAUGCUAUGCCUCUUGAUAUCGACCCACCGCCAGCGCCAGUCCGAGCAGGCAAGGAAAGAUUCUCUGUUGAUGAGCAGGAAAGCUACGUGACCUGGAUGGAUUUCUCAUUCUACGUCAGCCUUACCCGCGACAACGGCUUGCGCCUCUUUGAUGUCCGUUACAAGGGCAAGAGAAUCCUCUACGAGUUUGGACUGGACGAGGCCAUUGCACACUAUGCUGGCAUCGACCCUGUACAGUCAGGCACAUGUUACUUCGACAGCAUGAGCGGUUUUGGACCCACAAUGAUCUCCCUUGUCAAAGGUUACGAUUGCCCAGCCUAUUCCCACUUCCUUAACGUGUCUCAAACUACCGGUGAGACUACAUACACGCAGAAGGAAGCCCUAUGCUUGUUCGAGAUUGACAAGGGGUUCCCCAUCCAGCGUCAUUCCUGGGCUGGUUACACGACUGUCACUAAGAACAUUGCGUUCAACGUCCGUGCCAUCUACACUAUCGGCAAUUACGACUACAUGAUUACCUAUCAGUUCUCCCUCGAUGGGUCAAUUGAAGUCGCGGUUCGGGCCUCGGGAUACAUCUCCUCGGCCUUUUACGCCCAAAACGAAGACUAUGGUUUCAAGAUCCAUGACAGCCUCUCCGGAUCCCUGCAUGACCAUGUCAUUACCUUCAAGGCUGACUUUGACAUCUUGGGAGAAGCCAAUUCACUACAGAAGGUUGCUGUUGUGCCGACCACUGAGACGUACAACUGGUCUGGAAACCGAACGCACAAGACCAUGAAGGCUGUGAAGAGCUUCAUUGAAACCGAAGACGACGGCAAGAUUAACUGGACGCCCAACGGCGGCACAAUGUACGCCGUUGUCAACAAGGACGCGAAGAACAAAUACGGUGAACUACCUGGUUACCGAUUCGUCCCAGCGUCCAAUGUUGCCUAUCUUACGGUUAAAGAUUCAGACGUUACUAAGAACGCGGCUCAUCACACUACCCAUCACUUCUACGUUACUCAGCAGAAGGAUAACGAGAUUUAUGCCGUCGGCGCAUACAACUCGCUUACGCCUGAGGACCCUCAAGUCGACUUUGACAAGUACUUCAACGGAGAGUCUCUCGUGCAGGAGGACAUUGUUGUUUGGUUCAACCUGGGCAUGCACCACAUGCCUCACACUGGCGAUCUCCCCAACACUGUCUUUUCCACCGCACACUCUUCCAUGACCAUUGAGCCCUUCAACUAUCUGCUGGGAGACCCUUCGCAGGCCAGCGCCCAGCAGGUUCUGAUCAAGACAGCCGAUGGCAAAGCAAACAUCAACCAUUACGGUGCCCAACAAGCUAGCUGUCCGGUAGACAUGAGCCAGCUCAAUCCGGACCUCUCGCAGUACUCAAAUAGCAUCAGUGUACUGAAGUAUCCGUUCGACGGAUCGAAGCCAGAUCGCGCUUGA